AUGGAAGGAUAUGUUGAGGGCAUUCGUCCGAACAAGGCUAAGAAGGGUGCGAAGCGCCAAAAGCCUGUUGAUACUAGUAGGAACCACCCUGAUUCGGACAAAGAAGAUGGCUAUGAUGGUGCACUGAAGGUUCCACGAUCUGUCUUAGCCGGCUGCGAGAAGAGCUUCACAGCCACAAAUGAAACAUGUGAAAAGGCUAGCACACAGUUUUUUGCCGUCACCGCACUGAUGGCUCUUCUCUGUCGCCAUGACUGUGUGAUAUGGGUCGUCAAUAUGCGAUCUGCAGGCGAGAAGCAGCAUUAUGCUCUGGCGCUCGUUGAGACGCUGUUUCAACACCUGCCCCUCCAUUAUACAGUCGGGUUACUUUACGAUGUUGGCUUGUUUCAUGUGUUCGGACAUCAGUGGCCUUGUCAGAUCAUAUACCAUCCUCGAAAGUGCAACAGAUUUGGACUCUCCGACGGCGAAGGCUGCAAGCGGUUUUGGAAUUCUAUCAAGAAAUUAAUUGCUUAUCUACGCGUGUGUGAGGUACAGGCUCAGACCAAACCUCUUCCACGACAGACAAGAAACCAGGGGAAAGAUGCAGUCUCUGAAGCCAUCCGACUUCGAAAAGCACGUGAUAUCCUGAGGAAGCAUGUCCAAGACCAAGAAAACAUCAUAUUGGAUCCUUUAGCUUCAGACUAUCAUCUUUGUGAUGCAGAAUUGUGCCUAGCUGAAGCUAAGAAGGCUUUGAGUUCUGCGGAGUCUUGGGUACACGCUUCUGAGUCGGCGCUUGGUGUUCACGAAAGAACCAAGCUUGGGAAGCUGCUCGGAAGCCCUUUUAUUGCAGCGAGGAUGAACACCCGAGCCCUCAAGCUAUGCUUGUGUGAAAGGCUGUGCUCCUGGAAGUUUGAACUUGACCGUAUCGAACAAUCAUAUCGCAACCAUGUCAACGAGUGCAAAGUUCACCAUCAUCUCGAAGAUUCCGUGAAGCGUCGUGACCCUAGCAUCCAAAAACUCACUUGUGACUACAACAACUUAUGCGAUUGCAAGGCGCCUCCGGGCUCAGUCUGCCCGUCGAAGAUUGUCAUGAAGGGUCUGUUUGCUCUGGACGUUAACGACGAAAUCUGGCAGGAUGCUGGAUUGGAAGAUUCACUUGAUGGCGCCACGACCGACCCACCACUGUGGCUUUGCGACGAUCUUGUAAGGUCCGGAAUUCAGGAGUGGAAUGUCACCUGUUCCGCAUAUGAUAACACUGCUUCUCAUCAUGUUUUAGAUUCACUGGAGUUACGCUAUCAACUCCAAUUACGAAAGGAUGAACUUCUCCAUGUCCUGUCGAUAUGGAAGAAGUCCUUACAAUCCUUACCUGCUGACACUGUUAUUCCAGCCUGGGGCCCAACAGAUGACGAGAUCACAGCUGCUCGAAUCGCCCAAGUCACCUCACGUUUGUAUGAUGACUACGAUGAUAUGGAGGAGUUCAGACCAUCCAUCGGGGUCGACGAACUGAAUUUGUCAGAUGUAGAAAGUCUCGAUGAGGAUUUGAUUGAUACUCUUGAGGCUAUUGACCUUGCAGAUGCUUUCCGUGGGGAGGAUUUUGAUAAACUUCCUGUUUCUAUUUGUGGGAGUCCACCCUCAGUUCUCUUUUUUCCAUGGAUGUCUGAGCAAAUGCUUUGGGACUCCCAUUCCUAUGAAUAUUCAACUGCCUCUCUGGGAGUCCCAGGCAGGCUUUGGGAGUCCAAUGAUAGUAUCCCUGGGAGUCCCAUGUUAGAUCUUGAGGGACUUUGGAAGUCCUACAGAUAUUCAACUGCCUCUCUGGGAGUCCCAGGCAGGCUUUGGGAGUCCAAUGAUAGUAUCCUUGGGAGUCCCAUGUUAGAUCUUGAGGGACUUUGGAAGUCCUAUGGAUAUUCAACUCCCUCUCUGGGAGUCCCAGGCAGGCUUUGGGAGUCCAAUGAUAGUAUCCCUGGGAGUCCCAUGUUAGAUCUUGAGGGACUUUGGAAGUCCACAACUCCCUCUCUGGGAGUCCCAGGCAGGCUUUGGGACUCCCAUAUAUUCAACUUCCUCUCUGGGAGUCCCAGGAGAUCCAUGGUCUUCCCAGCAAAAGGCAAUGGGAUUCCUGUGCAGAUCAUGCUGGAAAUCCCACAGAUGUUCUGA